AUGUGGUCUUCCUGUUCACCGUCUCUUCGGGAUGGUUUCAGUCCGAUUGGACCCCCCAGUGGCAAAAGUAUCAGCUGCAGUCUCAGAGCAUCGAGACUACAUGUCCGUACCGUGGGGUCAUUGGCUCCUCCUCAAACUCCUGGGAACUUUAUUGUUGUUUUUUCUGCAGAGCCCCCAGUGGGGAAGGUGACUCGCAAGGUGGUGGAUGAUAGCGUGGAGGUCCUCAUCUGCCAGGCCUUUGGCUUCCACCCCAAGGAGAUCCAGGCCACCUGGACGAGGGACGGAGAGGUCUGCCAAAAUGAGACCCUCCAAAGGAAUGUGGCCCCCAAUUCUGAUGAGACCUAUUAUGUCCAGAUCAGCAUUGAGAUCAACCCCAAGGAGAGGGACCAUUAUCAGUGUCACCUGGACCACAAGGGCUUGCCGGAACCGUUAGUGUUGACUUUCAAGGAGAAAACAGGGCGGUUGAGUCCUUGGGCGAUUAUAGCUGCCUUAAUUUUGGGAGCUGGGAUUUUCUUCCUGAUACGUUGGUGGAGGAAAAGACGCAGGACAAAUCUCUAUGGGGAAGUGACUUCCUGCUCUUAUCAGACUUCUUCACAAGGCAUUCGUGGUUCCCCUGUGUAUGGUGCAGAAGAUGAGACUCAAUCACUGUCGUUGAUGCAAACUAAAUUAACGUCAAGGCAAAAGGCAUCCUAUGGUUCUGCAUUCCGGACUCGGAGUGAUCCAGAAAUCCUGUCGUCUUGUUGCAGGCAAGAAGAAAAUCUGCCUCUAGUGUGGAAUGGGAGAGGGUGCUCUCCCAAAAGUAUAUAGCUAAUAUAGGAAUUACGAGCGGUCUCCUUUAAGAAACUACCUCAUGGGAAAUGUAACUACCUUAUGGGAAAUGUAGUCCCAUAAUAUGUGACCACAUCUGUGUUCCCUGAUUGGGCAGCGGGGUACUCUGCCCGGGAAAAGUGAUUUAUUAGGGGUGAUUCUCUGAAUAGCCUCGUUCUACCAGAAGCAGCUUUGCACCAGCAGCAUGGGUUAGAGGAAUCAAUAUCUUUUUACACUAC